AUGUUCUUGUUGCUGACUUUUGUGCAGAGAACUCUCCGGACCUCAGCUACCUUAGACUCGGAACUAUGGCAACCUCGCAAGACCCCACAAGAAGACCGCAGCGAGACUGAUUCUACGCACAAGGAGCGAAGAUAUGUUGUAGAAGCUCAUCGACGUCUCCUUGCGAUAUUCUAUCACAAACACCCUGACUUUCCGUUUGGUAAACCAGAAAAGAUGGUUCAAGAAAUCAGGACAUUGGUGGGCAUCGCAGACCAUUAUGGCAGUACUCAGAUAAUCAAUGUCUACAUGGGCAGACUGCGUUUGGAUGCGGCAGCUCUUGACGUUUUCGCCCAGGACCCGAUCAACCUGAUGAAGAUGUCAUUGACAAUGAAAAGCGAUUGGAUGUUCAGAGAAGCCACCAUCUAUCUAGUGAGCUUGCCUGAAGCUUAUUGGAAGGAGGUGGUUUUACACAUCGACCAACCAUGGGUUGCCCGCUACCUUGAAAAGAAGCGGAUCGAGUUCAAGAACAUGUUGCAGGAUAUCGACAUGAAACUGUUACGCUUCACGAUCGACCCAAAACCAGAUUCAGCGGUGUUUGAGCGCCUAGCAGAAGCAUAUUUCAGAAGCAUAGUAGCCAAACACUUGAAUGCUCACGCGGGUUCCGAGUGUGGCAAGAACUAUGCAGCCAUCUACAGAAAUAUUCAAAGCCAGAAGUUUGUCGAAGUCAACCCCUUCCACAAAUACUGUAAAGAUUUCGGCAUGCCCAAAUGGAUGAUGGACAACGCACACACAUCUCUCAGGCAGCUUCAUCAGAAAGCUGCUGCUAUCAUCGAACCUAUUCUCGUGGAUCGGACUGCAGCAAAGCGGGGCUCCCGUGAGCCUGAAAACAUGAAACUCCCGUUGGCAUUCAUUGAGGUUGCAGACCAGGAUAUCCUAUGGAAUGUCAAGUCUGAGGGAGACACCUCCUAG